CGCCUUUUUCUCUCUCUAUACACGUGGUACACCACAUGCCUACUAAUCUUCUGGUUAGUUUAAAACUAGAGCAAGCCAAUACUACCAUUUACAGCUCCCUUGGAGGUGGGUUGGGAGCAUCUUUGGGAGCAACAAAAAUGGCUGUGUUUGUGGUGGGCCUUGGGGUGGUUCUGGGACUCUGUUUUUGCACAGCUUUGUUGAGAUGGAAUGAGGUGAGGUAUAGAAAGAAAGGGUUGCCUCCUGGUACGAUGGGUUGGCCUAUUUUUGGGGAGACUUCUGAGUUCCUAAAACAAGGCCCAAACUUCAUGAAAAAACAAAGAGCAAGGUACGGGAGCUUUUUCAAAUCCCACAUCCUGGGAUGCCCCACGAUUGUUUCCAUGGAUCCAGAACUAAACAGAUACAUCCUGAUGAACGAAUCAAAAGGCCUUGUUCCUGGGUACCCCCAGUCGAUGUUAGACAUCUUAGGAAAAUGCAACAUUGCAGCGGUCCAUGGCCUCGCCCACAGGCACAUGAGAGGGGCUCUACUUGCUCUCGUGAGCUCCAACGUGAUCCGGGAUCGUCUGUUGCCGAAGAUCGACGGUUUCAUGAGAUCCCAUCUGAGCAAUUGGGAGGACAAAGUCAUUGACGUUCAAGAGAAAACCAAAGAGAUGGCACUUCUCUCAUCGCUCAACCAAAUCGCGGGUCUGGAAUCCAUCGCGAUGUCUCAAGAAUUCAUGCUUGAAUUCUUCAAGCUGGUGUUGGGAACCCUCUCGCUGCCUAUCAACCUUCCCGGAACAAAUUACCACUGCGGAUUCCAAGCAAGAAAGAACAUCGUAAAGAUGCUGACACGACUCGUGGAUGAAAGGAGGGCUUCGGGUGAAAUUCAACAUGACAUGCUUGGUGUGCUGAUGAACGGUGAGGAAAAUAGAUGGAAACUAAGCGAUGAAGAGAUAAUUGAUCAAAUGAUCACAAUUUUGUACUCUGGAUAUGAAACCGUUUCGACUACUUCCAUGAUGGCGGUUAAGUAUUUACAAGAUCACCCGAACGUUCUACGAGAACUCAGAAAAGAACAUUUGGCAAUAAGACAGGGGAAAAGGCCGGAGGAUCCAAUCGAUUGGGAGGAUUUUAAGGCGAUGCGAUUCACAAGAGCUGUGAUCUUUGAAACAUCAAGAUUAGCCACAAUUGUUAAUGGGGUUUUGAGGAAAACAACUCAAGACAUGGAACUGAAUGGAUUUUUGAUUCCAAAGGGAUGGAGAAUAUAUGUAUAUACAAGAGAGAUCAAUUACAACCCAUGUCUGUAUCCCGAGCCAUUUACCUUCAACCCAUGGAGAUGGAUGCAGGACAAAAGUUCAGAAUCUCAGAACUACUUUUUCUUAUUUGGAGGAGGCAGCAGGCACUGUCCUGGAAAGGAACUGGGAAUUGCAGAGAUUUCUACAUUCCUUCAUUAUUUUGUGACCAGAUACAGAUGGGAAGAAGUAGGGGGAGAAAAGCUAAUGAAGUUUCCGAGAGUUGAAGCACCAAAUGGGCUGCACAUUAGAGUCUCAAGUUACUCAACUGAUAAUCACCUUUCUUGUGUACAGAAAAAAGUAUAGUACUAUGCUCUUAUGUGUGAAAUUUGACAUUUUCGAUUUUGUCCGACUCUUUUUGUAGCCCAAAGCUAGACCUCAAGUGUUUAGAUUCAAUUAAGAUGAAUGAUGUCGCGGAUAGGAGGGACGAAACUAGGCUUCAAAUGGAGGGCGCAGCUAAAUAACGAAUAGAAUAUAUAAAAUU